GGAAUACGCCAGCGGCGCUGUAUUGCUUUGCUGAACGGUUGUCCGUGUCUGCAUGAUUCAAUCGACUGGGUCGAAUCAGUAUGAGCCCGGUUCCUUAUUUGGGUACCUCGUCAGAUUGCACGAACCCGAAAGAGCCGAAUGGGUUUUCGGGCGUCCCUUGUUUGGUUCUGACGUGUUCCAUUUGCCGUCCUUGCUCCUCGUAGAUCUGUUUCCAGGUUUGCUCGAUUCGCUCUGCUUUUAUAUCUCUGCUCAACCAGUGCUCCCGAGGUCAGAUCAUCGCUUGGUCUUUUUUUCUCUGUUUAUUCUGCCCGCUCUUUGGAAUUGACCAAGGGAAUAUGAUAGAUAGCAAAAAGGGGCCCAGAGAGUAGGAUUGCAGUGGUUUUCCAUAUUUGGUAUAUGUUUUUCGUUGAGCAUGAAAAUUUGACGAUGCAUAGUGACCUGGGCAACCGUGGGGUGGUUGGGUUUGUUGAGUUUUCUCGUCUUUGCUCGAGUUCUUUUGCCCUGUAUUUGCUCAUGGUACAAAGUCAUAGGACCCCUCCACAUCAGAGGUGUCAUUUGUGAGGUUCAUUGCGAGUAUAGUGAUGGGCAACAGUACUUCUCGCGUUGUGGGGUGCUUCGUUCCCAAUGGGAAAGGCGGAGUCGAUUUGGAGUUCUCGGAGCCCUUGGAUGAGGGAUUGGGCCAUUCGUUUUGCUAUGUGAGGCCAACUGUUUUUGACUCUCCGGCCAUCACGCCAUCGAACUCUGAGCGGUUUACAGUUGAUUCAAGCACUCUCGAUUCCGAGACGUUAAGUGGGUCAUUUAGGCAUGAGAAUGUAGAUGAUCCGUCGAAUUUGAACAAACCCAACAAGAAUUUCACCGAAACCACAUUCAAGACUAUUUCGGGUGCCUCAGUCAGUGCCAAUGUUUCCACUGCUAGGACCGGUAACCAGAAUGCAUUGCUUGCCAGUGACGUUCUAGAGCCUGCUGCCUCAUUUGAGAGCACAGCCUCCUUUGCUGCGAUCCCUUUGCAGCCCAUAGCUCGUGGCUCUGGACCAUUAAAUAUUUUCAUGUCUGGACCCUUGGAAAGGGGUUUUGCAUCGGGGCCUUUGGAUAAAGGAGGUGGUUUUAUGUCCGGGCCGAUCGAGAGGGGGGUAAUGUCUGGACCUCUGGAUGGUACAGAUAAAUCCAACUUCUCGGCACCUCUUGCGCGGGGGCGUCGAAGACGUGGUCUCCAGAGUCUCAUGAGGAGUGUCAGCGGGCCCAUGAAAAGUACUAUUACUCGAACCUUUUCUAGACAUUCCAUGGGGUCUCAUUGGAUGCAAAGGUUUUUCUUGCACCCAGUGACCCAAUUGGCCUGGCAUAGUAAGGAUGCAAAGUUUCGAUCGGAUGCCUCCCGAAAUAGUCUUGAAAUGGGGGUAUCUGAAGGGGAAUAUGGAAAUGCCAACAAUUUGCAAUGGGCUCAUGGGAAGGCUGGCGAAGAUAGGGUUCAUGUCGUGCUUUCUGAAGAGCAAGGGUGGCUAUAUAUUGGUAUAUACGAUGGCUUUAGCGGGCCAGAUGCACCGGAUUUUCUUAUGACCCAUCUUUAUAAAGCUGUGGACAAGGAACUAGAGGGUCUGCUAUGGGAUUAUGAAUGCAAAUCAUCAAAUGAUCAGCCAAAAGGUCAGCCUCAGAAAAGUGAAAAUGCUAAGGCUAUUUCAGGAUGCAGUAUUGAUGACCGACCGCUGUCUAAUUCGGCUCCAGUAAGUUCUAGCGUCUUGGAAGAUUCUUGUACUUUGAGUGCUACUGGUGUUCAGUCAUCUAAUUGCGAGAUAGUUGAGGACGAAAAUGGAAAAAAGGGGAGUUUGGAGCCUGGCAUCUCCAAUUGUGCUCCUCUUUCCACUUCAACUGGAAUUUCAAGUGGCCAAGGCAGAAAGAGUAUGCGGCUUUAUGAAUUGCUCCAGCUGGAAUCAAGGGAUGGACAAACAGUCUUGCCAUCUGAUGCCGGAAGCCGAAGAAGGGGCUCAUGGGAUUCUCAACAAAUUUCAGGCGCUCUGAUUCCCAAGGAAGCCUUGAGAAAGGAGCAGCUAAGAUCUCACUCGUUGAAUUCGAAAGGGAAUAAUCCGAUUAAUCACGGUGACGAUCCCACUACUUCAGGAGAAAAUGGUGGGGCUGGAGAUAGUUCGAGCAAAAGAGGCACUAUCCCUGCACUUUUGUUUUCUGGAAAGUGGCAAAAUACAAGAAAAUCCCUCAUAAGUUCGAAGAUUGUAAAGAUGUACAGGAAGCAAAAGUCACUACACAAGAAACUAUUUCCUUGGAGCUAUGAUUGGCAUAGAGAAGAUAACUUUGUUGACGAGAGAAUAAUGGAACAAUCCGGACCAAUCAGGAAAUGCAUAUCAGGAACUGUGGAUCAUGAUGCCAUCUUAAGGGCAAUGGCAUGCGCACUUCAAAAGACUGAAGAGGCAUACAUGGAAAUGGUGGAGAAGUCUUUGGACAAAAAUGCAGAGCUUGCUUUAAUGGGAUCUUGUGUAUUAGUGAUGUUAAUGAAGGAUCAGGAUGUGUACGUCAUGAACCUUGGUGACAGCCGCAUCAUUUUGGCACAGGAGAGGCCGAGCGAUCGCAUUCCUAAUUCCAUUUCUCUGAAGGAUGAUCUGCGGCAUCGGAACAGAUCAAGGGAGUCUUUAGUGCGUAUGGAGCUAGACAGAAUAUCAGAGGAGUCUCCAAUGCAUAAUCAGAGCAAUCAGAUAAACAAGGUAAACAAGAACAGAGAGAUUUCCAUCUGCAGAUUAAGGAUGAGGGCACUUCAGCUUUCAACUGACCAUAGCACAAGCAUUGAAGAAGAGGUUUUGAGGAUAAAAUCUGAACAUCCGGAUGAUAACCAAGCUGUUAUGAAUGGUCGUGUUAAGGGGCAGUUGAAAGUAACUAGAGCAUUUGGGGCUGGCUUCCUCAAGAAGCCAACAUUGAAUGAGGCUCUACUGGAGAUGUUUCGAGUUGAUUACCUGGGAACUUCUCCCUAUGUUAGCUGCAUACCAUCUCUUGCCCAUCACCGACUUUCCUCGAGUGAUCGUUUCUUGGUACUCUCCUCCGAUGGGCUCUAUCAAUACUUUAGCAAUGAAGAGGUGGUUGCGCAUGUCACAUGGUUCAUGGAAAAUGUCCCUGAAGGCGAUCCUGCUCAAUACCUCAUUGCUGAGCUGCUUUUCCGUGCUGCUAAAAAGAAUGGAAUGGAUUUUCAUCAGCUCCUUGACAUUCCUCAAGGAGACAGACGUAAAUACCAUGAUGAUGUUUCGGUUAUGGUGGUUUCCUUGGAAGGAAGGAUUUGGAGAUCAUCCGGAUGAGAUGAUUCUUCACAUUUUCAUUUUACCCCAACGUUGUAUCAAUUUUUUUCCCAGUUUGGGGUUCACCUUUUCUUUCAUUCAGGGAUCAAAAAGCUCAAAGCCUCAAGAUCUUUUGACAUAGAAAAUUGCUCUUUUCUCGUCAA